CCCGGAUUUUAUAAGGGUGUGGCAGGCUCACAGGUAACCCUGUCCAGCCUAGUCAACCAGUCUCGUGCCAUGCUAGAGGAACAGGCACGUCACCUGCUGACAGAGGUGGAGCGUCAGACCAUGGGCUACUACAUAGAGGAGUAUCGGGAAGGACACAUCGGGGUGGAGCAGCUGGUCAUGGCACUGUUUGAGCUCCUAAACACACAUGCAAAGUUCUCUCUACUGUCAGAGGUACGAGGCCUGGUAACCCCACAGGACCUGGAACGCUUUGAUGGGCUGGUGCUUCGACGAGAAAUUCAGGCUCUAAAGGCCCGACAAGGAACAGCUGGAGCCACAGCCAUGCAUCAAGACUCCAUGUCUAUGGUGUCAUACCCGGACACACUGACAUCAUCUUCAGCCAGCUUCAUGACCAACACGACCCUCAGCUCUGCACGGAACGACAGUGUGGCAGAGACCAAUGAGGAGGAUCAUCCGGAGAGCCUGAGUACGUUGCUGACUGACAUCUCUCUGGAUGAUGUUCAGUCCACCACAACUGAGUCUCCCCCUUCCUUCAAGCCUCCUCCCCCUCCGGGGGCGCAGAGGCAUCCAGGUAGAAGAGAUCUUCUCAACAAGUGCCCCUCAUCUGAAUCCUCGAACUCAGGCUUGUACUUCACAGCUCCAACCUCUCACAGCAAAGAGCCAAGCCACAGCCCUGCCUCACCCUCACUACAACACAAACGGGAUCACCCGAGAGACCUGUAUCGGGACUAUGCUGUCAUCAAAAAGAGAGAGCCCUCUGGACCGCCUAAGAAAGAAAAAAUAACAUCUGCUCAGUUGGCCACAGUCACUAAGCAUAACAUCGGCCCUUUCCCAAGGGUACAGUCCCCCAGCAGAGGCACAAAACCUGCUGCCCCAUCCCCUUCACCGCCACCACCACCACCACUCCCAGCUCCUCCCGCACCCCUCUCUGUGCCCAUUAAAUCAGUGCCCAUCUCCAAAGCCUCCCAGGCCUCCUCUCCAACAUCCAAACAGCAAUUUGUUACAGUAGAGGUGCACAGACCCAAUGCAGAGCCCGACGUCAAUGAAGUGCGGCCGUUACCCCAAGCUCGAGGUGGUGCCCUGUCUCAGCUGUCAGAUAGCGGACAAACCCUCAGCGAGGACAGUGGUGUGGACAUAGCUGAAUCAGGACACAUCAGCAAAGACAGUAGCCCGCAUUCCUCACGCACACGCCUCCCACGAGACAGCCAGGGAGGUGGAGGGGACAAACCCUCCAAACCGCCAGGGCUGUUGGAGCCCACCUCCACACUAGUGAGGGUGCCAAAGAGUGCCAGCACUCUCGGCAUUGCCAUUGAGGGCGGAGCCAACACUCGCCAGCCGUUGCCACGAAUUGUCACAAUACAGAGAGGUGGUUCAGCUCAUAACUGUGGCCAGCUGAAGGUGGGCCAGGUCAUCCUGGAAGUGAACGGGGUUUCGCUGAGAGGCCGUGAGCACAGGGACGCCGCACGCCUCAUUGCCGAGGCCUUCAAGACCAAAGAGAGAGACUACGUUGACUUCCUGGUGACUGAGUUUAAUGUGGCUCUAUAG